AUGGCUCUCUGGUGGCGCAUUUUUCUCGGCCUAGCCGCUUUGGCCUCCACGUUUGCUGCGACCAGCAAGAAGUCUACGAAAUAUGUUUACGAUGGUCAACCAAAGCUCUGGGCUCUACUCGUGGCCGGUUCCAAAGGUUACGACAACUACCGACACCAAGCCGACAUCUGCCACGCCUACCACGUGCUCCACAACCAUGGCGUUCCCGACGAACGCAUCGUGGUCAUGAUGUACGAUGACAUCGCCCAUUCCCGCGAAAAUCCUACGCCAGGAGUUAUCAUCAAUCAUCCCAACGGUACAGACGUUUAUCGGGGCGUCCCAAAAGAUUACACGGGCGACCUCGUCACCCCGCAAAACUUCCUUGAUAUUCUGCAAGGAAAGAAAGUGAAAGGCGGCAGCGGGAAGGUCAUAGCCAGCGGUCCGAAAGACCACGUCUUCCUCUACUUCGCGGACCAUGGAGCGCCUGGUCUUCUAGCUUUUCCUAACGGCGUUCUCCACGCUCAACCUUUCAUGAAUGUCAUCAAAAGCUUGAACAAGAAGACUUUCGCUGAAAUGGCCAUUUAUAUCGAGGCCUGCGAAUCCGGUUCCAUGUUUGAUGGACUGCUAACCGCCUACGUGAGCGUCUAUGCCACAACCGCGGCCAACCCUUACGAGUCCUCGUACGCUUGCUAUUGGGACAAAAAGAAAGGGGCGUACUUGGGCGACUUGUACAGCGUCAGUUGGCUGGAAGAUUCUGACAAGAAAGAUCUGCAAAAAGAGACACUCCUCGAUCAAUUCAACAUCGUGAAGAAAAGGACCUCUGCAAGCCACGUCAUGCAGUACGGUAACCUGCGCAUCGGAAACCUCUCUCUCAGCGAAUUCCAAGGUAAAAAAAAGACGAGCCCAAUCGUUCUACCAAAGGCACCAGAUGAUGCUGUCUCCAGCCGGGACGUCCCCAUCGCCAUUCUGAGGAAUAAACUGGAAAGGGCAUCAACCCCUCAAGAAAUCAAGUCGUUGAAAGACAAGCUGCGGCGAGCCUUAAGACACCGGUUAUUCCUGAAGAAUAAGGUCGCCGAGAUUGCCUCGUUCGUUGCUCGCGGUAAGUCGAAUGACGCAGAAGUAGUUCUGACAUCCACGCGGCCGUUCACCAAGUUUUACUGUUACGAGAAGGCAGUGAGCCACUUUAACGAGCGGUGUUUCGACAUCUCGAAAAACCCCUAUGCUCUUCAGCAUCUGCGAGUUUUGAUGAACAUGUGCGAAUUAUCUUACAACAUUCUGGAUAUUACUGAAGCGAUGGACUUGUUAUGCACGCACCCUCCCCUUGAAGGUAUCGUCUGA